UAGUACCUAUUUGGUAGAAUAGUUUGCUUGGAUUGUUCAGUAAAUUAGGUACGCAACUAUCCAAACUGAAUAGCACGACUUUAAGUAGGAUUAUUGGAAUAGUAAACAUAGGUACCUAUUUUUUAAAUGGCUCAAUUGGAUACAAUUGUGGCAGCAUAUCGCGUGACCGCACAAUAUCCGGAAUUAAUAUCUGCUAGAAUACUUAAUUGCUCACAAGCUUCUGUUAGUGUUCAUUCUGUUUGGAUACAAAAAGUUUUGGAGAGGCAAGCGGUGAUCAGGUUCCGGCAAACCGUCUUUUCAGAUUAUAAGACUUAUACCUCAACAUCGCCGCCGACUGACAUAACAAAUGAGUUGAUAAGCGCACACUCAAAAUCAAGUAAAUAUUUUUGUGUGGUCAGAGAAGUGAAAUCCGGAAAUGAAAUCAAACAGUUUUUAGAAGUAUGGGCCGAUUUUUCACUGGUAAAAAAUUAUGACUUGAGCGCUUUAGAUGUGCAUGGAAAAAUUUAUGCCGAUGGCGAAUUUGGAACUUUAGAUUGGUCUCCAGAUGAAACAAAAAUUGUAUAUAUUGCUGAGAAAAAAGUCCCAAAGUCAGAACCAUUUUAUAAACAAAAACCAAAAGCAACAGCUGAUAAAGAUGUUGUAGAUAAUAGUGAAACUGUGCCGGGUAAAGAAUAUGAUUGGAGCCAAGAUUGGGGUGAACAGUUGGUCGGAAAGAUUACUCCAGUUUUGGUGGUAUUUGACAUAAAAACAGACACUAUAGAUGUUCUUUCAAAUAUUCCAAAUGAUGUUAAUCCUGCCACUGCAGUAUGGACACCUGACGGAAAAGGAGUCGUGGCAAUUGGACACAUAAUCACUCCUCGUAAAUUAGGUUUAAUUUACUGUGCCAAUAGUCCCAGUAUUGUAUUUUCUCUCACAUUAGAUGGCCAAUAUGAUGUGUUGAGUUCCAAUUCAGAACAAUUAUGUGUGAGGUAUCCCAGAUUCAAUUUGAAUGGCACCAAGCUUGUGUGGUUAGAACGCUUAGCGGGUGGACCACAUAGUUCAUGUUUUAAACUGAUGUCUUGCAAUUGGUCUACAAAAAAGAUUACUACAGUUGUUGAUUUUGACAAUCAAAUACUUCCCAAUACUUUUGAUUGCAAUGAACAAUUACCAUUCUAUGGCCUAUAUGAUCAGGCAAUACCAAAAAAUUGUUGGCUGAAUGAUGAUAAAACUAUUGUGUUAAGCACUCCUCAAGGUGGUUCAAUACAUACAUUUGCUAUUGAUACUGAAUCUAAAGAUAUUCGUUAUCUUCCAAUCACCAAACCGUUUCAUGAAAGUGUUAGUGUAAUAGAUGUUUGCAACGAUGUCUUGGUCUGUUAUAAAUCAUCACUUAAUAAACCUGGGCAGUUAUUUGUUAUCAAAAUUCUUUCUACUACUCGAGCAUAUGAUUUUACUAAUAUUUCCAUUCACGCAAUUUCACCAUCUCGUAGUCUUCCUGACAGUGACAACUUUGUUGUUGAGCAUGGUUAUACUCUUUACAAUAAACCUACUACAAUUUUUUAUGGGCCAAAAAAUAAUAAUUGUCCUUUGAUUAUAUGGCCUCAUGGAGGCCCUCAUUUAUCAUCUUCAGACUUUUUUAGAGCGGAUAUUGCAUUUUUUGUUCAGAUAGGUUUUGCUGUAUUAUUUAUCAAUUACAGAGGAUCGACAGGCCUAGGUAAAGAUUAUGUUGAAUCAUUACUUGGUAAUAUAGGCGAUGCUGAUGUCAAAGAUGUUUAUAAUGCAGUUCAAUCCAAUCCUUUGUGGUCCAAUAGAAAAUUGGUGUUAUUUGGUGGUUCACAUGGUGGAUUUUUGGUUACACAUUUAAGUGGACAGUAUCCUUCAGCGUUUAAAGCAGUGUGCGCACUGAAUCCUGUUACAGAUUUGAUAACUAUGUUCGGGUUAACUGAUGUUCCUGACUGGACCAUUACAGAAGCUGGUUACAAUUUCUCUGAAGUAGAUAGCUUGGCAAAUUCUAAAGAAAUUUUAAUGAAAUUAGCAGAUUGUUCGCCGUGCAAAAACGUUCAUAAAGUUCAAGCUCCUACACUUUUAUUACUUGGUGAAAAAGAUUUGCGUGUCCUUCCAUGUCUUGGUCUGGCAUAUUACCAUCUACUUAAGAAGCAUGGUGUUACGGCUAGAGUGUUGAUGUACGAUGAUUGUCAUCCAUUAAGUACUGUUACCGCUGACAUGGAUAGUUUGAUUAAUGCAGCACUAUGGUUUAUCCAGUAUUUAAAUAGUAAUUUUGAAAAAUCAACUAUCUAAAUCAAUUAUUUCUUAUUAACUGUGAAAUGUUAUAAAAAUAUUUUUAAUAUAUUUUAUUCUAAG